AUGUCUUCACCAACAGCCAAACAGCCUUCCAUCAUAGCUGGCAGUUCUAGAACUUCUGAUGAAGACCUAGCACCAUCUGACUCUAUAUCUCAGGCUAAUAGGCCUCCUAAAGAGAACAGGAAUGCUAUGUCUGAUUGGAGUUUAAAAGCUGCAAGUCUCCUUGAUGACAUUGAUGUUGACAGGUAUACUCCUUAUGGGCCUACUACACCUAAUCACCUUAGAGAGUUGACUUCUGCUGAAAAGGAGAGAUAUUCAUACUAUCCUUCUUCUGCUAAACUUAUAAAUGAAGUUUCUAAAGAUCAUCAUGUCAACUCUAGAAGGAGAACUGCUAGACAAAUAGCAUGGCUUAUAUACCUAGAUGGGAAACCAAAUGCAGUGGAAAACAUUUAUUUGUCCCUACAAGGCAGACUGUUUUUCCAACACAUUCUAGAUAAACUGGAUGUAUUCUGUACUUUCUCUCCCAAUUGGUAUUUGAAACCAGCUAGGGCUCCUGUAUCAAUAAUCAAUAGAAGAAAUCUUUCUGGAUUGAUUAGGGAGUUAACUACAAUUUACAAUCAAUGGAAAUCUCACACACUUUCUAAUGAUCAUACCAUGAAGGUACCAUCUCUUCCUGAGGAUGCUCUUGAAUCUCUAUACACUAAAGCCUCACAUGAGAUUAUAGCUGUACAUUUUAGAGAUCAAGUAGAAAGGUUUCUUGCUUUCUAUUUUAGAAUAAGGAAGAAACUGGAAGUUACCUCUGAUAAGAAUGAUCCUGCUGUUGAACAACUUUCUAAUACUCAUUCAGAGUGGACUUAUCCUACACAUAUUCAUAGAGCUCAUAGUCCCAUGGAAGCAUUAAAUACUUCUACUCAGGACUCUGAGAACAAUGAUGUGGAAGAAGAGGAAACUGUAGAAGAGAUUGUUCAAUUAAGCCAAUAUACUCCUAAGAAAGGAGAUAGAACCUUCAUUCCUGCCUAUACACCUAUGCAAGGUCCAGAUGUGACUACUUCUUUAUUUACACCUGGAUCUCAAGCUCAGAGGGACUUAGAAGAUUUCACUAACCCCUCUGCUGCAAGCACAAGUAAAACUAUUGUGGCUAGAAAUACUUUACCAGUGUUACCUGUCGUAGCAUGCCGGAUUUCGUACAUUUCUGUCCCUCAGUUGGCUUUGCUAUCAUCGCUGCCGCUGAGAGUUGGCUUCGCUAUCAUCGCUGCCGCUGAGUUUAGUGUUCCCUUGCAGCAAUUCUUACAGGUUAUGAGCCUUUCCUUCCAGAACCAAGAGGGGCUGGGUUCCCCUAUUAAUGCGUUAUAUGGUGUCCGCGGUUCAGUCCAGCCAACUGAACAAGUUCGAAGCGCACCCCAGGGCUUGGCCGCUGGAUCGCGCGACUUUGGUAUUGGUCAGGGGAUGGAGUCUGGUCGGACCUUGGCGGGGACGAUGCACAUGUCCCGGCCAGCUGAUCCUCGUGCGCCCUCCGUUCCUCCGAGUAUCGCCGCCCUUCCUAGCGCUGAUUUUAUUCGUUAUCCGUCCGAGGCGUCCUCCCCGUACGGUAUCUGUUCGGGUAUGCCCCCCUACCGUGCGCCGCUUUAUGCUCCGGGCGUGAUGACUAUUCACUCGGCUGCCCUUCCUGUUCCGCGUCUCUCUAGUAUCAGGGACAACAACGUUUACGGUAUACGAUUGGGUGAUUUAUCUAUACAUGAUCCUCGUCCUCCGAGUGUUCUACCUGACGAACGGCCGGCAAAUGCCCAGUCCCAAGUUACUGCUUACACCGGCAACCCCCCGCGAACCGCACACUCAGGGGCUCCGGCUCCAGCCGCGCGCCCACCCAUGAUGCCUCCCUCGCGUCUUUUGUCCGUGGCCUCCUCUCAAGCCCCUACGCCGGCUCCCGUGCCUACUCCUGUGCCCGUUCUCGUUUUGGCUCCCGCCUCUGAUCGCGUACCUUCAGCCAUGGCGCGUUUCCCGCCCCUCAUACCGAUCUAUGCGCCCCCCGCGCCAGUUCCCACGCCCGCCCCCGCGCCGGCCCCUAUCCCGGCUGUGACCCCUAUCCCGGCCCCUGUCCCAAUUCACCCCGCUGCUCCCAGCCCUAUGUUGAAUGCGUUUCGUCCCCAAUACUUUGCGCCUCCGCCUAUGCCAGCUUAUCCACCUUCUUCGCAUAUGCCAGCAUAUCCGCCUCCGCCUCCACCUUCGCCGCCGCCGCCGCCGCACGUACCGUAUUGGCCCCACCCUCCUAUGGGUUACCCAUAUGCCGCACCGCCGAAUGCCGAGGCCGAGGAUCGCAAGGCCUUCCUUGCUGAGAUGAAGAGUCUCUCUGACUCGCUGAAGGAGUUGAAGCUGGAGGAGGGGAAGUACGCGACCUGGUCACGACUGGUCUGGGAUUCGCUGGUGGUUCGCGGUUUGGAACACUUCGUGGAUGCAAAUUUUGUGCCGCCGAAUCCCGCCGAUGUGCGCGCAUACACUAACUGGGUGCGCUGCGACGGGCUUGUGCGCGAAGCAAUUGUUUGUUCCCUGGACUCUAGUCAGUACCCGUACGUCCAGGAGAACACCACCGCGUCCUCAGUCUGGGCUGCAUUGCGGGAAGUCCACGCUCCGCUCACCGAGGCUCGGGCUAGCUCCCUCAGGAGCCAGAUCUUGUCGUUGCGUAUGCCUGAGGGGAGCUCGUUUGAGGCGCAUCUGGCCAAGCUCCAGCACUUGGUGACUGAGAUGAGCGUACUGGGUCAGCCGAUCUCCGAGGGGGAGCAGAGGCAUGCACUCAUCGGUUCUUUGCCACACUCUUGGCGUCCUGUAAUCCUCCAGCUUGAGCUUGCCCCUAGACCUCUGGGCGAGACUAUCCAGGGCCUUCGCGCCAUCGCUCCCCGAGUAGCCGAGUUGAGCUCAAAGUCUUUGGCAUGCGCGUCUGACGUUACAGCACUCUCCGUCCAGACUGAGCCUUCGAAGAGUGGCGCGAUUCGCUGUUUCGAUUGCUGUGAGCUCGGGCACACCAAAGGAUCCCCCGAUUGCGAGUUUUCCAAGCGUCGUAUCGAGGUAUUUGGGGCCGAUCGUGUGAACAACCGGCGAAAAGGCAAGGGCAGGUCCUCGAAGGACAAGAACGACAAAAAGAAGGCCGAGGCAAGCGUAGCAGUCACCGAUGCUAGCUCGAGCGAGGCCCCGAAGGCCGGGGAGGCGUCCGCAAUCAAGGUUUCGUUGUGGACACCGUCCGCUGAGGAUUCCCCUGUUCAAGUGCUGGCACUAGCGGCUACUGGAGAACACAGGUCGGACUCUAUUAUCGUCAAUUCAGGAUGCUCUCACCAUAUAGUAAACGAUCGAGCCUAUUUUACUUCGUACCAACCUUUCGCGCCCUCUGAACGUCCGGUCAUUAGUGGAGUAUACAAUGGGAUCAAGGGGUACGCCAUGGGGAUUGGUGAUGUGGCAAUACCCACCACUUCGCCGCGGGGCCGCAUUUGGUGCAGGCUGACCGACGUCUACCAUGUGCCCGGGUGUUCGCGGGUCCUGCUUUCAUAUUGGAAACUUCUUGCCGCUGGUGGAUCUGUCGCAUGGAAUCCGCACAAGGCUACUCCCGUAUAUGGACCUGGUAGGUCAUUACUUGGAAUUGCGAUGCCGAGCAACUACGUUUGGAGGAUUCCAAUCGACCUUGGCUCCCGUCCUUCUGGAGAGGCUAACGCUGUUAUUGCGUCCUUGUCCGUGUCGGAAGCGGUGCUCUGGCACCGGCGUUUUGGGCACCUUGGUAGUGCAAACUUAUCCAAGCUGGCUUCAGGUUCCCUCGUCAAGGGUCUUCCCGCGUCCCUCGCUUGCAUCACGGAGUGCAAUGAAUGCGCCCUUGCAAAAGCGUGCCGCAGCCCGUUCCCGCCGUCUGACUCCAUUGCUACUGCCCCGCUGGAGCUCGUCCACUCGGAUCUGUGUGGGCCUUUUCCCCACUCGGUUGGCGGCUCUAAGUACUGGAUGAUCUUACUCGACGACGCAACCAGGUAUCGCUGGGUGCUCCCUCUGAAGUCCAAGUACGACGCUUUUGAGGCUUUCAAGGCCUGGCACAAGCGCGUCACUACCCAGACCGGCCGCGUCCUCAAGGUUCUCCGUUCCAACAAUGGCGGUGAGUAUUUCUCUGCUCAAUGGUCCGACUAUGUCGCUGAUCAUGGACUCGUUCGCCAGACGUCUGCGCCGUACAGUUCGCAGCAGAACGGCAGGGCGGAGCGGGACCUUUGGAGCCUGCAGGAUUGGGUUAGGGCUAUGAUGCUUGACGCAGGACUUCCUCAAGGCUGGUGGGCAGAGACUGUAACUACUGCGGUGUAUAUUAUGAAUCGAUCCCCCCAUUCCGCCAUUGAUGUCACUCCGUUUGAGGCCUGGACAGGCGUUUGCCCCUCAGUAUCCAACCUCCGUGCAUUUGGCUCAAAAUGUUUUGCUGUGCACACAUCGGGUACCGCCAAAACUCUCGAUCCUUGCUCGACUGAAUGCCAGUUUUUGGGCUAUGACAAACUAGCUAAGGUGUGGCGUUUGCGCAAAGUGGGCACAAACCGAGUCUUAAGGGCCCGCGACGUGAUCUUCCAUGAGACAUCCAGUGCGUCUCCCUGCCCGGUUACUAGCUACUCAGCCGAUGACCUUGAAGCGGUCUUCCCUACUGCUACAUCGGCGGACAAGGGGGGGGAUGUUUCGUCGACUGAUCAGUCUGAUGACUAUAUGCGCCCUGACCGGCCGACCGACCGUCAAGUGGGAGACCCGCCAGAGGAUGACGAGCCAGAUCCCAAGAACCGAUCCAUCGAGCCCGAUUGGGAGGAAAAGGCGUCGACCCUUCCACCCGAAAUCAAAGCUCGUCUCCCACGUCGAUCAUUGCGCGUCCGUAGACAGACAGAAAAGUUCCAAAACGGAACUGCCGCUGCCGUUGCCAUUAUGCCCCAACCUCAGGUGCCGUCCACCUACAAGCAGAUGCUUGAUAGCCCGGACGCCAAGAAGUGGCGCGAAGGGACAGUGGACAAGUUCCAGUCUUGGAAGUCCCUUGGAGUCUACGAGAUUACACGUGUCCCACGAACCCAGCGUCGCCUAGGUACCAAACCAGUUUAUGUGGCCAAGACGGGUGCAGAUGGAGCUAUCGAGCGAUUCAAGGUGCGCUACGUCGUUCUUGGAAAUUUGCAGCGGGAGGGGAUUGAUUACGGCGAGACCUCUUCCCCAACCGCUCGCCCGGAAACCUUGAAAAUAAUGGUCGCUGUGGGGACGGAGAGGAACUGGGAAAUACACCAAAUGGACGUCAAGACUGCCUAUCUACACGCAAAAGUCGAUCGCGAAAUUUACUUGCAAAUCCCAGACGGCUUUCCCGAGUCUGAACUCCCAUCCGGCAUCCCUCGCGAGGAACUUGCACUACGAUUAAACAAGGCCGUCUACGGGCUCAAGCAAGCAGGCUAUCUUUGGAUUUGCCAUGCGAUGCAAGUUUUUGUUGAGACCGGUUUCACUCAGUCAAAAUUCAAUCCUUGCUUAUUCUUCAUGAAUGUCUCCCCCGAAUGUCGCGUUUGGGUCCUAAUCUACGUUGACGACUUCACCAUCCUUGCUCCCUCCCCCAAGACAAUGUCAUCCACCAAGUCGAUCUUAUCUGCGGCAUUCCAACUGAAGGAUUUGGGCGAGGUGAAGCAGAUCUUGGGGCUCAAGAUUGAUCGGGACCGCGAGAAGGGUACUACGCAAUUGUUGCAACAAAAGUACGUACACAAUCUGCUGCUGGAACUGGGCUUGGAGAACUGCAAGCCAAUUUACUCGCCGAUGGAAAGCGCGCUUCAGCUUCCCGUUCACGGUUCCGAACCCGACGAGACUCCGCUUGGUGACGAGGACAUCGAAUUCAUGCGCGACAAACCUUACAGUAGGGUCCUCGGCUCGUUGAACUGGCUCGCGAAUGGUACCCGUCCGGAUAUUGCGCAUGCUUGCUCGUUCCUUGGUCAACAUGCAAAACGACCUGGACCAUCGCAUUGGAUGGCCCUCAUGCGAGUAGUACGUUAUCUCCGGACUACGUACGACUCUGGUAUCGUGUUCGCUUGCGGUUCUGGCUUGACGCUUGUGGGGUACUCCGACAGUGAUCACGGCGGUGAUACACGCGACUACAUGUCGUAUACAGGUUACGUUUUCACGCUUGGGGGCGGCGCCAUUUCACAUAAGGCCAUCAAGCAGUCCUGCGUGGCUAAGUCGUCUGCAGAGGCCGAGUAUGCGGCACUUUACGAAUGCGCAACUCAGUCCGUAUGGCUCCGCCGUUUGGUAUCAGAUUUCUUGCUCGAGACUAGCGACCCCAUUGAGAUUCGGAUGGACUCCCAAUCGGCAAUGAAGAUGGCUCUACGCAAUGGAUUCAGUGGCCGGACCAAACACAUCAACAUUGACUAUCACUAUUUGCGCAACCUCGUUUGA